UAUAAAUACUGGUGUUUAGCGGGGAAUCCCACACAGAGAGACUUGCCAUCGAUGCCAUAACCAACUCGCUGCCAGAGCCAGUGAUCAGCUGUUCUUGUGCGUGGAAAGGUCAGGAGUCACUCGACAAAACAUACUAUAGCAUGGAUCGAGCUACACAUCUAAAUCCUAAUUCCGAAGGAAGAGGGGCAUAUAGAGGACAUCCAGUAAAUCAAAACAACAAUAUACCGAACAGCGAGCAAACGAAUGAAUAUUAUUGUGAGAAUAACUCACCUAGUACUUCAAACCCUCAGAAUCAGCCAACACAUGCUGAUGGAUACACCAAGAUACCACCAAAUGAAUCAAAAAGGAGCAAACUGCAGAGGAUUGCACAGGAAGAAGAGGAGAAACUGAGGAGAUGGAAAGAGGAGAAUCGCCCUGGUCCCAUUCAGCUGGCUCCAGAGAAACUAGGUGGAGCAGUAUCACUGUCAGAAGUCAGACAGAGACAGCAGGAAGAAUCACGCCAGUCAAAGCUGAGAAAAAAGCUUCAAAAAGAGGAAAUGGAUAAAAAGAAGAGACAGGCAGAGCAGGAGGAGUAUGAGAAGAUGAAGGCAAUGCAACGAGAGAAGGCCAAUAAACUAGAGAUGAGGAAAAAGCAAGAAGAAAAACAGAGACAGAAUCUGUACCAACACGACAAGCAAAGGAAAACAGAUGAGUUUCUUCAAAGAAUUGAGAGGUCAAGCAGUAGCGUUUCUAUGGCAGCAGGCAAUUCCAUACCAGCAUCAUCCUGGGCUAAAUAUCAUGAGUACAGGGAAGCCAGAAGAGAAGAGGAGGACGCUGACCUGCUUAAGAAGAAAGAGGAGCAGAGGAGAAAGGCAGAAAUUUUGGAGGAACAACAAAAACAACAGGAGGAGGACAGGAAGAGCCUGACUGGAGCUGACCAUCGGCGGGUGAACAUGGCCUUCCUAGACCGUCUGGAGGCAAGCAGUUCAGGUAGAAUGCCUCAACCCGUGACCCAAACCCCUGAAAGCAGUAAUGUCUGUCUGGAUGAUGACGAUGAUGAUGACAAACCACAAGAUUCCACCCCAUCCACAGUGCCCAACCCAUCACAGGUCCACACAGAAAGUGCAGAGGAGAAUGAUCAUGAGCAUAUGUGGACCCUAUUGGAACUCCAGAAAAGGUUUCCAUACUAUGAGCCAGAUAUGCUGGAGGAGAUCGUCACACAGUGCAAUGGCAAUUACCAGAAAGCAUAUGAGCUGCUUGAUGUGUGAAUACUUUGUCGUUUUGAUUGAUCCCAAGGUUGUUUUGUGAGUAAAUAAUUUUUGGGUGAACUGUGCCUUUAAUUAAAGAAGGUGGUGAGCUCUAACUAGUGUCCUUUGAACUGAAACAAAAACUUUUUUUUUUUUUUUAGUUUGUGCAGUUAUUUUUGCUUUGACACGAAAUGGACUUACACUUAGUCACAGAGAAAAGAAAUCAAAACAAUAAAUCAAGAUUUGAGUCUGCGUUGGGAACAUUUAUGGAUCCCAUGAGUACAAUUCACAGGCUAAAUGAUGUGCAUUCACAAAAUCCAGUGGCUAAUUUAUAAUGAGGUACAGGACUAGAGGAAUUCUGAACUCAUCCUAGGGAUAGACAGUGAAAAUCCCAACCAUCAUACAGAUCAUUAGCUUCCUGAAUGCUGUGUAAAGGUUUCUACAAAAUCUUCAUCUAUUUAAAAAGGCAGCCUAUAUGUAUGUCAAAUAGAGUGCAACAGUCGGGUUCCUGAAGUAAAAAUCCUGUCCGUUUUUCUCCAUGGGGAAAUUAUUUUUAUAUAUAAAAAAAUAAAAAUAAUUUCCCCAUGGAGAAAAACGGACAGGAUUUUUACUUCCGUAAUUACGGAUUACUUAUAAACUGUUAAUGACAGACCUACUUUAAGCUACGAAAUUGUUAAUCAGUGGCAUAAGCUUUUGUUGAAGCCAUCUGUUUGCAUUAUUUCAGCUUUUUUACAUUUGUAUGGGGAAAAUGAGUGGGAAAAAUUAUUCUGGAACCAAUGCGUCAGAAAAGUCAGUAGGCACAGUUGCACUCUAUUCAGCUGAUUUAAUUCUUAAGUAACAGAAGGGACACAGAUUCAAAUGUGUCUACAUCAAGAAAGAGAAAAUAAUAGAAAAUUAAGUUCCUGGAUUAGUGCUCAUUAGUGCUAAUACAAAGUAAAAUUCAGCAUCUUCAUCAUUAAAGUCAUUUUACAAAUGUGUAUAUGAGAGACACGAAUGGCCCCCAUGUUGUAAAUGAUGGAGAAAGAGCUGGUGUUUUUGACUUCAGGUUCAGGUGUGACCUAAACAUAAACUUCUAUAUCCCGCAGAAAAGUUUUCUUGCUUUUGGAAGGUUUUUACUCUGUUUAGUGAACAAAUGUGGUAGAUUCUGUGUGAAUUGCAAUCCUGUAUCUAUCUUGUGUUUUAAUUGAACCACGAUCAAUCAUGUUCCUGCACAGGAAAAGUUUCUCAUGUAAAUGUCUUCGCUGCAUUAAACACGCUGUUUCCUGUGACAGUCU